AUUGUAGGUGGUUUAUAACAAAACAAAAAAAAUUUAUGGAUUAAUAUGUUAUAGAAAAUGUUUUCAGAAGCAUUUAAAGGUUUUUUAGCAACGUCAGCAUCUAUAUGUACAGUAUUACAAUUUCUGGCUGGCACAUUAGUUUGUAGAAAAUAUAUUAUCAAUGGCACCACUGGAGAUACUUCUGGAUUUGCAUUUGUUACUUGUCUAAUAUCAUGCAGCUUUUGGUUAAGAUACGGCUGGAUGAUAAACGAUUUUUUUAUCAUCAUUGUCAACUUGUUCGGAGUGUUAUUACAGCUGGGUUACAUCGCAAUUUAUACGCUGUAUUGUAUUAAAAAAACAAUAAUAUUAAGGCAAUUUCUAUCUGCAGUAUUGUUUAUCGCAAUUGUUUAUUCCUGGAGUAUUGUUGAAGAAGAUAAAUCACUAGCGACAGAACAUGUUGGAAUUUUAAGCUGCGGAUUUACGAUUUUGUUUUUUGCGUCUCCUCUGACCAUGCUGGCUCAUGUCAUAAAACAUAAAAGCGCUGAUAGCCUGCCAUUUCCUGUAAUAAUAUCAUCUCUAGUCGUCUCAUGCCAGUGGUUCGCCUACGGAAGUCUUAUAGGUGACCCUUACAUCCAGUUGCCAAAUUUCCUCGGUUGUGUUUUGUCAACAUUUCAACUGUCGCUGUUUGUUAUUUUUCCAAGCAAAAAAAAUGGCGAAGUUCGUCUUGUUUAAAUUUUAUUUUACUUAUCACUAACUAUAACAUAAACUUAUAUCAUAUAUCAACAACAAAAAAAAAAUAUAUAUAUUUAUACAUAUAUAG